ACUGUCUAAAGUCCAGAGUGCACUACAAUUCCUAGAAGUGCCCUCGUGAUUUCAUAUCGUGCUGUGUCUUUGCGUUGGUGAAACGACGCCAAAUCGCAGGGGCCUGGUUUUUAAGUUCUAAGAUGGCUGGUGAUCCAGCUGAAAAGAAGGAUGCAGAGACUGUGGGGGUCAAGGAACGGGAACGCAAACCGAGCCGCUCACGGGAGGGUGAACGCAAAGGCUCUCCUUCCAAGGACAGAAAACCGCGCCAGAGAUCCCGUGACCGAAAUCGCUCCAAAUCUGCAGAGAGAGAUCGCCGGCCGAAAGAUAAGGAUAGGGACAAGGACCGAGACAGGGGCCGCAAGGACAGAGAUAAAGACAGUCAUCGGCGUGACCGCAGCAAGAAAUCAAGAAGUGUGUCCCCCAAAUCAAAGGAGAGGCUGAAGAGGGAAAAGGAUCUUAAAAAAGAGGAUGAUGAAGAAGAUGACAAAAAGAAGAAAGAGAAAGUCCAGCCAUUGUCUUUGGAGGAGCUUCUUGCCAAGAAGAAGGCAGAGGAGGAGGCUGAAGCGAAGCCCAAGUUCCUGUCUAAGGCUGAGCGGGAAGCAGAGGCUCUGAAACGGAGGGAGCUGCAGAUGGAGGACAAGCGGAGGAUGAUCGAAGAGGACAGGAAAAAGAGGAGGGUGUUCCAGGACAUAGGGAGGAAGAUGAUGGAGGACCCCCAGGAGAGGGACAGACGCGAGCGGAGGGAGAGGAUGGAACGAGAGAGCAAUGGGAACGAGGAAGAUGACGGCCGACAGAAGAUCAGAGAGGAGAAGGACAAGGGCAAGGAGCUCCAGGCCAUCAAGGAGCGGUAUCUCGGCGGUAUGAAGAAGCGUCGGCGGACACGCCACUUGAAUGACAGGAAGUUUGUCUUUGAGUGGGACGCUUCGGAAGACACGUCGACCGACUACAACCCCAUUUACAAAGAGAAGCACCAUGUGCAGCUGUAUGGGCGGGGCUUCAUCGCUGGCAUUGACCUGAAGCAGCAGAAGAGAGACCAGUCACAUUUCUAUGGCGACCUCAUGGAAAAGAGACGUACACUGGAGGAGAAGGAGCAGGAGGAGGUGAGGCUGAAGAAGGUCCGUAAGAAGGAGGCCAAGCAGAGGUGGGACGACAGACACUGGUCUCAGAAGAAGCUGGAGGAGAUGACAGACAGGGACUGGCGAAUCUUUAGGGAGGACUACAGCAUCACCACCAAGGGAGGCAAGAUCCCCAACCCCAUCAGGAACUGGAAAGAGUACACCAUGCCCCCACACAUCAUUGAAGUCAUCGAUAGCUGUGGUUACAAGGAACCCACACCUAUCCAGAGACAAGCCAUUCCUAUUGGCUUACAGAAUCGUGACAUCAUCGGCGUGGCUGAGACGGGUAGCGGUAAAACGGCUGCCUUCCUCAUCCCUCUGCUGGUCUGGAUCACUACCCUGCCCAAGAUUGACCGGAUUGAGGACUCGGAUCAGGGGCCGUACGCUGUGAUCCUGGCACCCACCCGUGAGUUGGCCCAGCAGAUCGAGGAGGAGACCCUCAAGUUUGGUAAACCCUUGGGGAUCCGCACUGUGGCCGUGAUUGGAGGCAUUUCCAGAGAGGACCAGGGCUUCCGCCUCCGCAUGGGCUGUGAGAUUGUAAUUGCCACUCCUGGUCGUCUGAUCGACGUGUUGGAGAACCGUUAUCUGGUCCUGGGGCGUUGUACCUAUGUGGUACUGGACGAGGCUGACCGCAUGAUUGACAUGGGCUUCGAGCCGGACGUCCAAAAGAUUCUGGAAUACAUCCCAGUGACCAAUCAGAAACCAGACACAGACGAGGCUGAGGACCCUGAGAAGAUGCUGUUGAACUUUGAGUCUGGAAAACACAAGUACAGACAGACGGUCAUGUUCACAGCCACCAUGCCCGCUGCUGUGGAGCGGCUGGCCAGGAGCUAUCUGCGGCGCCCUGCAGUGGUGUACAUCGGCUCUGCAGGCAAACCCCACGAGAGAGUGGAACAGAAGGUCCUGCUGAUGUCAGAGGGAGAGAAGAGGAAGAGGCUUCUGGAUGUUUUGGCACGUGGCUUUGAGCCGCCCAUCAUCAUCUUUGUCAACCAGAAGAAGGGCUGUGAUGUGCUGGCCAAGUCUCUGGAGAAGAUGGGGUACAAUGCUUGCACGUUGCACGGCGGCAAGGGCCAGGAGCAGCGAGAGUUUGCUCUGUCCAACCUCAAGGCUGGAGCCAAGGACAUCCUGGUGGCCACAGACGUGGCUGGUCGAGGUAUCGACAUCCACGACGUCUCCAUGGUGCUUAACUAUGACAUGGCCAAGAACAUUGAAGACUACAUCCAUCGUAUUGGUCGUACUGGUCGUGCUGGGAAGAGUGGUAUGGCCCUCACCUUCCUCACCAAGGAGGACUCCACUGUGUUCUAUGACCUGAAGCAAGCCAUCCUGGAAAGCCCCGUGUCCAACUGUCCGCCUGAGCUGGCCAACCACCCAGAUGCCCAGCAUAAGCCUGGCACCAUCCUCACCAAGAAGAGACGUGAGGAGACCAUCUUCGCCUGACCUGCCACUCCAUGUUAUCCCACGAGCCCUGGACGUGUCCCACAGACUGCACACUGGGGUUCCUGUCAGAUAUCAUGGCUCUGUAUCUCUUCAUACAUAUUUGCCACAAGUCUGUUUGUGGAAAUACUUCUUAUGGCUAUGGGCUAGCUUGCUUUGCAGAAAUACACAAGACGAUUAGUUAUGUCCUUCUGCAGGAAUCUGUGGCUUCAUAAAAGCAGGCACAAAGCAUAAGAUGUGGUGUCAUUGUGUAUUCUCAUUUUGUCUAGUUUGUAUUUGGACUGAUUUAAAUUGUGUAAAGAGACCAAUGCAUUCUAUUCCUUGUUUUUCUUUUUCUUCAGUCAGAUAGAUGUGAAUUGAUUACAAUGCAAGAUGCUACACUGAUAGCAGUUUUAAGUGAAUUAAACAACGGUCUAAUGGUAUAAA